AUGGCCAGCCCACCAGUCUUAUUCUCUGCCGUGGGGUUGAGCCCCAAGGACCGCCAGGCUAUUAUUGUUGAAGCACCCACUGUUAGAAACAAAGUUACGCAUUUACUCAAAGAUGGCUUAACUGGUUUCAUGCAGUCCCUAAUUCUCAACCACCAUCACACUAAAGAACCAUUUUACGUGCUUGAUUUGGGUGUCGUCGACAACCUUAUGGACAACUGGACCCGGUUUCUUCCCAUGAUUCGACCUUUCUACGCCGUCAAAUGCAAUUCCGACCCGGCCUUACUCGCUGCCAUGGCCACACUUGACAUGGGUUUCGACUGCGCCAGCCAGGCCGAAAUCGAAUCCAUUUUGGCCCUUGGAGUUUCACCCGGUCUGAUCAUAUUCGCCAACCCUUGUAAACUCGAUUCUCAUAUUAGAUACGCAGCCAGUGUGCGCGUUAACCUAACGACAUUUGAUUCCGGAACAGAAGUCGAAAAGAUCCGAGAAUUUCACCCCAAAUGUUCUCUUCUUAUCCGGAUCAAACCUCCGGAUGACGGCGGAUCAAUGUGGCCGUUGGAUUCCAAGUUCGGCGCGCUACCGGAGGAAGUUGAACCGCUACUUCAAGCGGCUAAGGCGGCUCAGCUCCCCGUGAUCGGCGUGUCAUUCCAUAUCGGAAGCCGAGCCGCCUGCUCGCGUGCCUACGCUGUCGCCAUUGAGGCCGCCAAGAAAGUGUUCGAGGCUGCAGCUCAGCUCGGGAUGCCGCCGAUGAGAGUAUUGGACAUCGGCGGCGGCUUCACGGCUGGAAUACAAUUUGAAGAAGCGGCUUCAACCAUAAGAACCGCUCUUAAGACCUAUUUCCCCGACACAACAGGGAUGAGCAUCAUAGCCGAGCCGGGCCGGUUUUUCGUAGAGUCGGCUUUCACGUUAGCCGCCAACAUUAUCGGGAAGCGAGUGAGGGGGGAGCUGAGGGAGUACUGGAUAAACGACGGUGUUUAUGGGUCCCUUAUGUGCAGCGCACUGUUUGAGCCGAAAAAUUUGACGUGCAGGCCUCUUGGCUGCAACUCCAACCGUGAGAACCCAACAUGUGAAGGAGCUUUAACCUACAGCUCGACGGUGUUUGGACCCACUUUGGAUGCACUUGAUACUGUGAUGAAAGGCCAUGGGCUACCGGAUCUUGAGGUCAACGAUUGGCUUGUGUUCCCCAACAUGGGUGCUUAUUCUUCGGCUCUUAGGUCAAACUUCAAUGGGUUUAACACGUCAGCUUUUUCAACCUACCUGACCUACUCAAACCCUAGCUAGCGUGGUGAUCACAAGCUUGGCCAAUUGGUCAGUGACACCAACUAUCAAUUAGUAGGAAAAUUAAAAAAAAAAAAAAAAAAGUCCAAACGUAAUUAAAUUAUUUGCGAUGCAAAGUUUAUUUACUACAGUGAGAUUUUUGUUUGAAAUAAGCCGCCCUUGUCAGUUGUUGUAUGUUUGAAAAGUUGAGUAAGAUAAUACACAAAACAACCAG